AUGCCGACAAGCCAGCGCAGCCACGGGGCUGACUGGUCGGGCAUCAGGCAGCUUGCCGACGCAAAGUUGAAGGCAGCAAUCGUAGCCAGAGGUGGAGACGAGGGAGAGGAACUGGCUCGUUUAGCUGUCGUGAGGUCGGUUGCCAGGGGCGUCAGGAGCACCCGCCAGAUGGGUACGGCUGAGGUACGAGAGGCGGUAGGUCAGACCAGACAGCCAAUGCUGGAACAGUCUUUGCACUUUGCCGGAAGCCUUGAAUUCGUUGUGGUUGACUGUUGCAGCAUGGGAGAGAAUGGCCGUGGCGAUGGCGCGAAAUGGCUUCUCUUCGGCGAGGAUAUCGGAAGAGAGUUGGUUGCAAGGUUAUGA